CGAAACCCUGCUGCCACCAAUACUAAUCUGAUCGGUUCACAUGCGUUAUUAAUAAGUUGGGCUAUAAACACCCCGACUUCUGCUUUGGGAUAUGGGGAGUUUGCGUACGCUCGCGUGGACUUCAGUGGCCUGGAUGUGACUAAGGUUACUAUAGUGCAAAGUCAAGUGCGAGAGAGCGCCGGCCCUGGCGCCUGGAGCGAUACAACUGCCGAUACAUCAGGUACCCUGGGCGAGAGUUACCAUCAGAUCACAGGAACAUUGACUCCUGGUACAGACUAUACUAACACAUGUGCUGAUCCCGCUGCCUAUGAAUCAGGACUCACAUGCAACGAACUAGGUCUAUGCGCCGCAGAUCAAACCUUCCUAGUCCAGUAUAUGAUCCAUCAAGACGUACACGCCUUGUUUGCAAACCCUGGGCUGGGUAACAGUGCCGGCUUUGAUCUCCGUUUACUAGUCGACGUAUCCUAUGAAACUGAUAUGGCCAGUGCCACCCGUCGACGUCGGCGACGCCAAGCAACCACAGAUACAGACAACACCGGAGUACAGCCUGCUUCAGAUCCCGCUCAGAACGGACAGGGACCCGCUUGUAUCUCGGCCGCCGGUGAAGUGAAAGGGUCCGAUCAAGUUGCGGAGACCGAUGAUAAUGACAGUGCCGCUGAUGCACUGACAUCCUCGUCGUUUAUUGUGAUAGCCGCAGGCGUGAUUAGUUUGGCUUUGUUUUAA